GCCAAUGCAUACACCUUUGGUUUCUUUGCUUUCUACUUGAAAAGUACUUCAUUCUUGUUCAAGAAUCAUGAUACUGUUCAAGAUCAAGUCACCAAGUUGUUGAGAAGUAUGAUGGUUUCCUCAUACUUGUGAUUUUCUGCUUCAAUUUCUGUGUAAAUUUCCUCAAGAUGUGUGGGCAAGAGAAUUGUUAAUCCUUUUGGUAAUUAGUAGGUCUUAAAAGAUUCUGCUUAUGAUGAAUCCAACCAUCAUUGCUGCUGCAAUAAAUGAGAUGGGGUCAUCUCUUUGCCAUUAAGAUUGCUGUAUUCAGCAAUAAUUUCCAACAGUCUUGACAUCAAACUAAUGAAGAUUGAAGAAUAUGAUGCUGACGAACCAAAUUUAGUGGCCACAUUGAAUGUUAUAAUUUCCAGCAGUCAACUAAUGAAGAAUAUGAUGUUGAUAAACCAAAUUUAGAGGCCACAUUGAAUAUAUAUAUUAGUGUGUCCAUUCUACUGCAACCAUAGUAGUACCAGGCAUGGAUGCUAGAGAAAUCAGGUCACCUGAACUUCUGCCUGAGGCAUCUCCAGUGAGCCUGGAAGCGAAUGUCGAAUCCCAUAGGGGGAAAAGGCUGGGGAUCUAUUUCCUUGAAUCUGACGACCGACGCACAGCUCUUGGAGGUGGCUACACUAGUGGAGCAACUCCAGUUAACAUCCAUGGAAAGCCCAUUUCUGAGUUCACCAUUUCCAAGACUGGUGGUUGGAUUGCUGCUUUCUUCAUUUUCGGGAAUGAAAUGGCAGAGAGAAUGGCUUACUUUGGACUCUCUGUGAACAUGGUGGCAUUUAUGUUCUACGUUAUGCAUCGACCUUUCGAGAGUUCUGCUAAUGCAGUUAACAACUUCUUAGGAAUAUCACAGGCGUCCUCCGUGCUUGGUGGUUUCCUCGCUGAUGCAUAUCUUGGUAGAUACUGGACAAUAGCCAUAUUCACAACAAUCUAUCUUGCGGGUCUAACAGGAAUAACCCUGUGUGCAACCAUGAAUAAUCUUAUGCCAAAUCAAGAUAAAUGUGAUCAGAUAGCCCUUCUUUUGGGCAAUUGUGAACCUGCAAAACCAUGGCAGAUGCUUUACCUCUACACAGUUCUCUACAUCACGGGAUUUGGAGCUGCGGGUAUUAGGCCCUGUGUCUCGUCGUUUGGCGCAGAUCAAUUCGACGAAAGAAGUAGGGACUAUAAGGAGCACCUUGACAGAUUUUUCAACUUCUUCUACCUCUCAGUCACCGUUGGGGCAAUCGUGGCUUUCACAGCAGUAGUCUACAUCCAGAUGAAACAUGGAUGGGGUUCUGCGUUUGGCUCAUUGGCCAUUGCCAUGGGCAUGUCCAAUCUGGUUUUCUUUCUGGGCACUCCUCUUUACAGGCACAGGUUGCCUGGUGGCAGCCCCCUUACCCGGGUGGCACAAGUCCUAGUUGCUGCCUUCCGAAAGAGAAAUGCUUCGUUCCAGAACAGUGAGUUUGUGGGUUUGUAUGAGCUUCCAGGCCAAAGAUCUGCCAUCAAGGGUAGCAGCAAGAUUCCUCAUACAGAAGAUUUCAGAUGUUUGGACAAAGCUGCUCUGAGACUGCAAGAAGAUGGUGUCAGUCCAAGCCCUUGGAUGCUCUGCACCGUGACACAAGUUGAAGAGAUAAAAAUUCUUCUCAAACUCGUUCCCAUUCCAGCUUGCACCAUUAUGCUCAAUCUCAUCUUAACUGAGUAUUUGACUCUAUCAGUACAGCAGGCAUACACGUUAAACACUCACAUGGGUCACCUGAAACUGCCUGUAACCUGCAUGCCCGUCUUUCCUGGACUCAGUAUAUUCCUGUUGCUCUCAUUAUACUACUCGGUGUUUGUACCAUUAUCCAGGCGAAUUACGGGCCAUCCACAUGGUGCCUCCCAGCUGCAACGGGUAGGCAUCGGUUUGGCAGUUUCAAUCCUCUCUGUGGCAUGGGCAGGAAUCUUUGAGAGAUAUAGAAGACAUUACGCCGUAGAACAUGGAUACGAGGCCAGUUUUCUGACACCUAUGCCAGACCUGAGUGCAUACUGGUUGUUGAUACAGUAUUGCUUGAUAGGGAUUGCUGAAGUCUUUUGCAUUGUGGGAUUACUGGAAUUUCUCUAUGAAGAGGCACCAGAUGCCAUGAGAAGCAUAGGAUCUGCAUACGCUGCUGUUGCUGGUGGUUUGGGAUGCUUUGCAGCCACCAUACUCAACAACAUCGUCAAAUCUGUGACAGGCGACGUAGAGAAAAGAAAACCAUCCUGGUUGUCCCAAAAUGUAAACACCGGCCAUUUUGAUUAUUUCUACUGGCUCCUUACAGUCAUGAGUGUGAUCAAUUUCUGUGUGUUCUUGUUAGCUGCACGAAGGUAUCAGUAUAGAGCAAAGCAGGUGAAUGAGAUAAGAGAACACACAAGUAUUCAACCAAGCACCAAGGACCACCUACUGCCUUAAUGAAUCUAGUCUUCUUUGCUUGCCUGCAGACAUCAUGCUUAGUAUUUGAUUUUGUAGUCUGAUGUUUUUGCUUUCUGCUUUCAUUUCCAUAUACAGAAGUAGCAGCUGGUGUCUUGAAUCGAGCACCGCAUCUUAAAAAGAUGGACAUUCUGAUAGCUCAUUUACACAUCAAAUUCAAUGAAAAAACUCAUCAGUUUCCAUUUUUGAAACUUUAAA